AUGAAACCUGCAGCUCAGACCAUUAGGGAGCCCCAACGGAGUGAGGCUGGUGGGCAUUUCACAUUGCUCAAAAAGCGGAAACUAGAGCACCAGGGGUCUUUACAAGAACUUAUCGGAGGUCAUGCGGACUCCUCUGAUGGUGGCUCUGUUGAAAUGUCCACAUUCCUGAUGCGAAGGAGUGAGAACGACAGUCUUGACGGCGUCGCCAUUGAGAGAUCAAGCCCAGAGACACGGACCGAAGAGGCUGGGACGGUCGCCGAAUCAAUAAGCUGUGACAGAAGAAGUCUGAAUCCCGGCACGACAAAAUCACACAGCUAUACGAAACUCGCUCGGUCAGACUGCUGGGGAAGGCUAUUGAAGAGAAGACAGGCCAUACCGGAGAAGCCAAAAGUUGUGUACAGCCACAAACGACGUCGCAUACUUAAAGAGGUCCUCUGGGUCCAUUUACUGCCUGUUGCUAUCAACUUCACUCUGCUGGGGCUGUACGUGCAGCGAGUCUCAUGGACGCCACCUUGGCCAUCGACCAAUAUCCUCAACGCCUUGCAGUUCGCUGCUAAGAUCCACGAAACCCUCAUGAUCGCAUCUCUAGUCAGCGUGCUUCUCCACCACAUUCGAUACAGACUUCUUUCUCCAGGCCACGCUGGUUUACCGUUAGGCCUAAUCACCUCUCCGUUCCGCCUACUCGACGUCACGUAUCUCUGGAGUCAGGAGUUUUCGGCCGCUUGGCGGAGUUUGGAAGUGUUUAGCAUUUCGGAAGUUGCCACCAUUGGUAUUCAUGUCUUUCUGUUUGUUCUAGCGGCGGUCCUCGGUCCUGCCUCCGCCAUCAGCAUGCUACCCAGGCUUGGAGAGUGGGAGCUCGCGGAGGCUAUUACGAACGCACCUUUCUAUGCCAGUCAUGAUCGAAAUAACAUCUAUCAGGUCUAUUUUGGUGCAGAGCUAUCGGAUAUCUUUUCACAAAGAAUCACGGCAGACUUUAUUCCCGAGGCUUGUGAUUACGGAAGCCUCUCACUCCCUCAGACCAACAUUUGCCCCCGGCUGGGCUUGAUGGACAUUACCCAGGGCAUGUUUCCCCCCAAUUCCAGGAACCAUGGUUCAAGUGUUCUCCCAUUCAACGUCUGGACGCCCUUGAACCAAUAUAAUAUCUCGGUCCAAGCGCACAACCAGGCUGCGCUUCCAGCUCGCAUUAUAAGUGUGGAUCUAUCUACCGUUAGUGAUAACGGAUACAACGCUACAGUAGAUGUCACAACGCCUACUGAUGCUAUCUUACAUUUGACUGAGAUACUCAUUAGUCACUAUAUCGACCGCUGGAUAGCGGACUGGCAAACUGUCACCCCUGCAAACUACUUCGUUUCCAGAGGAGAGUACCCUGUGACCUUCACUCCAUAUCCCGGGCACCUGCAAUCCAGACGGCCCCACUCAUUAUGGAAGCAACCUUUCGUGUCCUCUUCUUGCUCAUCCAAUCUCGAUCAUAUGGCCUCGGAAUUCACAAUUUUUGAUUUUGACCCAACGCCAGACACACCACCUUACAGAGUCACAUUGGACGCAGAACUUCUGUCCAUUGUGUUGAAUGGCACAGGCAUGGGAUUUAUCGACAACUCGAACCUAAACGUCACGCCGAACUAUUCGCCUUCGGCUGCAUUCGCCUACACUUCCCAGUGGGCCACCACUUUGUGCCUGGUGCAGGCAUAUUGGAUAGAUUCCUCUUUAUCAGGCUCUCCUUCCCGAUAUUAUCACGAUUACGAAAAUUCAAUGGGCGACCUCGCGUGGAGUUGGCGUCGAUGGAAUGAUGAAAAUCGCAAUCGGACGUGGCCUAGUGGACGCAGCUGGUUCGAGGCUAAUGCCGCUGAAACUAUCCACUUGGACUUGGACUGGCUGGCCGUUCUGGAUCAAGGGACCGGCAGUGACAACACAGGAAUUGCAGAAGGCCUUUCGAAAGUGCCAUACAAGUUCGGCAUUCAUGCCUUGGGUUCUGUGAAAGAGAUCAGGCAUGGCCAAUCUCUUCCCGCCAUGACUUUGAGCCCGUGGACCUCCUCUCGCUCGUCGGAAACCUUGCGCUACAACAUCUCUGGAAAUUGGACCAGACGAACUCUCACGCCAUCUCAAAUCAUGGAGAAUUCAACACGGCUCGAUUUUAAACUUACUCAAAAGCUAUACGGUUACAGAUACAGCGGCGUCACGAUCAUCCUGGCAUUCGUGGUAUUGUUCCUCUAUGUGGCCACCGUCUUUGUCCAUAUCUCAAUCAUGACUUUUGGCACGAGCUGGAGCAGCAGGGCUUGGAAGAGCCUCGGAGAGUACUUCGUUUUGGCGUUGCAUUCUCCCACGCCCACAUCAGUUCUGGAUAAUACGGGAGGCGGUGUGAAGGUCUCAAAAACGUGGCAAGCACGGGCGUCUAUCCAGGAGCUGCAACAUGGAAAACGGGUGGGCAUCGUGGUUGCCGACCCGGGCGAGUCGGAUGAUGGUGAGCCCUUACUGUCGGAGGUGCAGCCGGAUUGUAAAUACUCGUAG